GGCAGUCAUCUGUAAAAGCAUAUUUCAUAAAGUGUUUGGUCAUUUGAAAUUUACUUUUAAAUUCACAGUCGGAUGCAGUGUUGUUACGAAAAGGUGUACAAAUCUUUUAACCAUGCUUUUGUUAACGUAUGUUGCUAUCUUGUUACUUGCCAACAAUUAUGUGCUUUCCGACGUCUUACACCGCGAAGCUAAGCACAACAAUGAUGUACUUAGCAAGUUAGAGGCUAUAGAAGAUAAAGUUGACCAGUUAGAUGAUCCAAAAGCAACAGAAGUAUCGAAAAACGCUUUGAACGCUGCAAACAACAUCUUGAUCGGUUACAAACAACAAGAUGUUUUGGGCGUGAUAUUAGGAUUUUCUUCCAUGAUCGACACCUUCUUAACACUAUUUGGAAUACCCGGUCUUGCGACACCAAUAGUCAAACUGGUUGCAACGAUUGUAUCUUUGUUCAGCGUAAAGAAGCCGCAAAUUACUAAAGACAAAUUUGACAGCGCAUUGGAGAACCACGAUCUAAAUGUAUUGAAUGAUAAAGUGGAAAAUGCCAUCUUAGAUUUCAAUCUUUAUUCAAAUCCUUUGUACUCUGGAAAUUUGGAUGAAAAAUUUGAUGCAGCAAUGAAUUAUCGCACACCGAUUCUUACAAAAAUUAAUAUAUACUGUGGAGAAAUAUUGGAUAAGGUGAAAUGUAUCAAGAGUCUGGAAAUAUUAUCGAAAUAUUCCUUAAACAGCCAAUUAAUGAUCGCCUUGGCCGCAGGGGACAAGCAUUACGAAAAGAUAAAGACAAAACUGGAUAAUUACCGCAUGAAUGACGCCAAGAACUUAGAGUUUCUUUAUAAGUUCAACAAAAUGAAAUCGGAGCAGAUGGUUAUUCUUCAUGAAAUAUAUUAUAAUCCACAACAGUAUGUUACUUAUGAAUAUGUAAGAUCACUGUCCAAAAAUCGCGUGGAACCAUAUAUCUACGUAUGCGAAGAAGAAGAGCUCAAAGGCGCAUGCUAUACAAUAACAAAAUCUAAGUGCAAGCUGAAAGAUUACACAAUCAAAUCAAUGAUUAUUCCACUUGGCCUUGAUGUAACAUUAACGAAAUAUAAGAAUAAAAAGAUUGGGCCGUUCAAGGGCAUGUCUGUUUAUUCCAGUGAUGAAAAAUUAAAUGAAUAUUCCUGUGCUAAAAUAAAGCAGGAUGAAUCGUCUGAUGCUUCACGAUACGUGCGCAUAUGUAGAGAAAAUGGUUGGUGCGACAUAAUCCCUAAAAAAGACGGCGAAUUUAAAAGUAUAAAUGGAAUAGAUUGGAGAAACAGGAAAUUAUCGUCAAUUUUUGUACCAGAUGGUAUGACAGUCAAAAUAGAGGAAAAGGAUCAAAAGGAAAAUGGAGAAAAGAAAAUUCCGGUUGUAAUAUACGGUCGUCAUUUGGUAAACUUAAAGAAAUCAUUUUGGAUGAGUUUAAAAGAAAUGUUUAACAACAACAAUUGUUUAGAAGAGGAACUAGAGAAUUAUCAUAUGUCGAUAACUGAAAGGGGUAAAAAUACUCAUCCUGGUUCGCCUAAAAAUUCGAUUACCUAUAAUAUUCAAACAUCUGAUUUAAAUACCGAAGAUAAGGUGCUACUAUGCAAUGAAUUGUAUGGUAUGGGACUCUGUAUUCAGAAAACAGAGGGAAAAUUUUCCUACGAUCUCCCUAGUCAUUUAUGCAAGUUUGAUGUCAAAUCUGUAAUUAUUCCAUCUUCAAUGGAAGUCAAAGUUUGCAAACAAAAUUCUAAAUGCUCUAAUUUUAAAAGUGGUAUAACAUGGAAUUUGGAUGAAUACGAAGAAUUUGACAUAGUUAUCAAAAAAAGAUAAAGGACAUUAAAUUAGCAGCAUUGCUAUACAUGUACCUGAUAAUUUAUGUGAACUUUUGUGUGGAAUAUGUUGAAUAUACAUGGAAAAGUGUUAUUUCAUCAGAGUUUUUUUUAAAAAAACAUUCUUACCAUGCGGCGUCUUUCAAAAAGAUGAAAAAUCAGAAUCUGAACGUGUUGUAUCUUUUAACAAAAGUGUAUAAAACAAAGACUCAAAGCCCACGAAAUAUAGGACGCUAGAAGUUGAAGGUUAAAUUUACAAAUCCUAACUAAUGUUUAGGCGGCCAGGGAGGGUAAACAUGCACAUUGGGGAGAGGGGGAUGGUGCUGGAUUAAUUUCGAACUUAAGCAUAUUCAAGGGUAAAACAUUGGUUUUUCCAUUCUGACUUCACUUUUAGCUAUCCAUAUUAAUAAGUAUUAAUUACAUUUGUCAUUUUAAUGCUGAUGUCAUCAUUUUUAUUAAAUUUUCGAAAAGAUCGUGCAACCGCUUGUAAAAGGAUAGCAGAUAGUUUUUAAAAAAACCAUACUAUCUGUCUUCGCAAUUAAUAAAAAUAAAUUUUCUGAUGUGUUGUAGGGAGUUAGCCCAAUUUCCCCUAUGUUUUGGCAACGAAUUAACUGUGUUGCAGGGAUAGGUGGCAAAACCGACCUACCUUCUCUAACUCCCCUUCUGAUGGGUUUUAAGUCAUAAACGGCGGAACGAAUAAUGUCUGUUACAUGAAAAGCAAAUACAAUGCCUCCAGUGAUGACCGUCAGCAAAAUGUUUUUUUUAAGAAAUCCUGUUUUGAAGGUACUAACAUUAUAUAUUAUUGUAAUGCAGGUAAAUACUAACUUAUGGAGCCAAUUAGGCAUUAAAAUCCGUAAGAAAUUGAUACGCGUUUCAAAAUGUUGAGCAUUUUUGGUUGCAAAAGAUAUUUAGUUAAUACUUUUGGAUCGAAAUAGGUAACUGCUUACGUCACCAAUCUCUAAAAAACGUCAAAAGCAGAAAAAAUUAUUGUGCGUAAAUCGGUGUGAGAUCGAGAAAACAUUAAGCCUAUGGGUAAGUGUAGCAAGGAUUGUAAAGUGUUUGAGCUACUUAUAACGCGCGAACAUUAAAAAAAGAAGUUCCGAAAAACACAAUGGCAGUCAAAGAAAACUAGACUUGGAAUUCGUCAUUGGCACAAUUGUAUUAUAAUAUAGGAUUAGGUAAAAAUGUCUUUAGAGAAAGCUGCUAAUUUCAAUGCGCGCAAGCUUAAUAGCAGGGUUUGCUAAAUGUAACGUCGCCAUUUCGUUUCUCUCGUUUCGUUUCUUUCGUUUUGUUCCUCAUAGCUAACGCAUUGUCUUCCCAAAGCGUGGCGUUACGCUUGAAUUUACUAAAUCAAAAAGUUAAAACAAGUUAAAGACCGAAGCAAAGAGAGCUCCUCAAAAUAAUUCUUUUUAUGUUCAGGACCAAGGUUGCUACUUUUAUAAAAAUUGUAUAGCACUUCAAUAUAAUUCGAAAAUAAACUAAAAAAACAAAUUGUUGUAGUUGAGUAUAAAAAAAGUUGGCUGUUUAGAAAUAUUUUUUAUAAAGAAGAAGAAACGUACGAUGACAUAACGUCACAAAGCGAACUGCUAGGAUAUCAGGAAAUUGCAUACAUUUUCAAUUCGUUCUUGAAACGAAGUUUAGUAAUCGAAGUAAAAAUCUGAUUGGACUUCAUCCAAAAGACGUUAGCUACUAACAACAACAGUCAACAAAUGACAACAAGUGACAACGAGUCAUAUUAACACAUAAACUAGCGUGACAUUCAAAGACUAAAGAUA